AUGGCAUCAUCAUCUUAUUCUUCUGAGAGUAAUUCACAGUAUCCAUGUCCUCAACGGAAGUACAAGUACGAUGUGUUUCUAAGUUUUAGAGGCAAAGAUACUCGCAGAAAUUUUACGAGUCACUUGUAUGAACGUUUGGAUAACAGGGGAAUAAUCACCUUUCUAGAUAAUAAAAGGCUAGAGAAUGGUGAUUCCCUCUCAAAAGAACUAGUGAAAGCUAUAGAAGAGUCUCAAGUUGCCGUAAUCAUUUUCUCAAAGAAUUAUGCUGAGUCGAGGUGGUGCUUGAAUGAACUAGUGAAGAUCAUGGAAUGCAACGUGAAAGAUGGACAAUUAGUCAUACCAGUCUUCUAUGAUGUGGAUUCAUCACAUGUUCGAAACCAAAGUGAAAGCUUUGCAGACGCAUUUACCAAACACAAAUUGAGGUAUGAGAAUGAUGAUGAAGGAAUCCAAAAGAUGCAAAGAUGGAGGACUGCUCUAAGAGAUGCCGCAGAUUUAAAAGGAUAUGAUAUCCGCGAUUGGAUUGAAUCUGAAUGUAUUGGGGAUCUUGUUAAUAGAAUUUCGCCCAAAUUACGUGAGACUUCUUUAUCUUAUUUGACAGAUGUUGUGGGAAUAGAUGCUCAUUUAAAGAAAGUCAACUCCCUUCUAGAGAUGAAAGCAAAUGAUGUUCGGAUUGUGUGGAUCUGGGGAAUGGUGGGAGUUGGUAAAACGACUAUAGCUAGAGCUAUUUUUGAUUUACUCUCAUCUAAAUUUAAAUUUGACGGGGCUUGUUUCCUUCCGUACAAUAAAGAAAACAAGUAUGAAAUACAUUCUCUGCAAAGUAUUCUUCUCUCUAAACUGGUUGGGGAAAAAGAAAGUGUGCAUGAUAAGGAGGAAGGGAGGCACCUGAUGGCUCGUAGACUUCGUUUGAAGAAGGUUCUAGUUGUGCUUGAUAACAUAGAUCAUGAAGACCAAUUGGAUUACCUUGCAGGGGAUCUUGAUUGGUUUGGUAAUGGCAGCAGAAUUAUUGCAACAACUAGGGACAAACAUUUCAUAGGAAAAAACGAUGCUGUAUAUCCUAUGACUACACUACUUGAACAUGAUGCUAUUCAGUUGUUCAACCAAUAUGCUUUCAAAAAUGAAGUUCCAGAUAAGUGUUUCGAGGAGAUAACGUUGGAGGUAGUAAGUCAUGCAGAAGGCCUUCCUUUAGCCCUGAAAGUGUGGGGUUCUUCCUUACAUAAGAAGGAUAUACACGUGUGGAGAAGUGCUGUUGAUCGAAUAAAGAGGAACUCUAGUUCAAAAGUUGUUGAAAACCUCAAAGUAAGUUAUGAUGGGUUGGAGCGUGAAGAUCAAGAGAUAUUUCUAGAUAUUGCAUGCUUCUUAAGAGGGAAAAAACAAACCAAAGUCAAGCAAAUUCUUGAGAGCUGUGAUUUUGGAGCUGAUGACGGAUUGAGGGUGCUAAUUGACAAGUCUCUUGUGUUCAUCUCUGAAAAUGAUAUAAUUCAAAUGCAUGAGUUAAUACAAGAGAUGGGAAAAUACAUAGUGACAUUGCAAAAGGAAAGGGGAGAACUCAGCAGACUAUGGCUCACUCAAGAUUUCGAAAAAUUCUCAAAUGCAAAAAUACAAGGGACCAAGGCAAUCGAAACAAUCUGGAUACCAGAAAUUCAAGACCUAAGCUUUAAAAAAAAGGCCAUGAAAGACGUGGAAAAGCUUAGGAUAUUAUACAUCAAUGGUUUUCAUACACAUGAUAGCUCCAACGAUCAGUACCUUCCCAGCAACUUGCGUUGGUUCGACUGUUGUAAGUAUCCUUGGGAAUCAUUGCCAGCCAAAUUUGAUCCUGACAUGCUUGUUCAUCUUGAUCUCCAGCAGAGUUCACUGUUUCAUUUAUGGACCGGAACAAAGAAAUUUCCUUUUCUACGGAGGCUGGUUCUCAGCCGCUGUGCUAACUUGAGGCGAACACCAGAUUUCUCGGAUAUGCCAAAUUUGGAGUAUUUGGGUCUAAAAGAGUGUACCAAUCUUAAAGAGGUUCACCAUUCCUUGAGAUGUUCCAAAAAACUCAAUAAGUUAAAUUUGAGAGACUGUAAAAGCCUCGAGAGUUUUAGCUAUGUUUGCUGGGAAUCUCUUGAAUGUCUAUAUCUACAAGGUUGCUCUAAUUUAGAGAAAUUCCCGAAGAUCCGGGGAAAAUUGAAGCCAGAGAUAAAGAUUCAAGUGCAACGUUCUGGGAUAAGGAAACUACCAUCAGCUAUUAUUCAGCACCAGUCUUGUCUUACAGAACUAGAUUUGAUUGGCAUGCAAAACCUUGCAACACUUCCAAGCAGCAUUGGCGAGUUAAAACGUUUGGUAAAGCUAAAAGUGUCCGACUGCUCAAAACUCAAAAUCUUGCCAAAAGAGAUAGGUGAUUUAGAAAACCUGGAGAUACUUGAGGCCAGAUGUACUCUAAUCUCACAACCUCCGUCUUCCAUCGUCCGCUUGAACAGGCUUAAAGUUUUGACUUUUGCAAAACAAAAAUCAGAAGUAGGCCUCGAAAACGGAGUGUACUUUUCAUUCCCUCGAGUGAAUGAAGGAUUGCGCUCAUUGGAACAUCUGGAUCUCAGUUACUGCAAUCUAAUAAAUGAAGGACUUCCGAUAGACAUUGGAUGCCUACACUGUUUGAAAGCGUUGAAUCUGAGGGGAAAUAAUUUCGAGCAUUUGCCUCAAAGCAUAGCCCGACUUUGUGCUCUUCAAUCCUUGGACUUAUUAGAUUGCAAGAAGCUUACACAACUGCCAGAAUUUCCACGGCAAUUAGACACAAUAUACGCCGAUUGGAGCAAUGAUUCAAUCUGUAAUUCAUUGUUUCAGAAUAUCUCAUCAGUCCAGCAUGACAUCUGUGCUUCAGAUUCCUUGUCACUCAGAGUGUUUACCAAUGAGUGGAAAAAUAUCCCAAGAUGGUUCCACCAUAAGGGAAAAGAUAAAAGUACAUCAGUCGAAUUGCCUGAAAAUUGGUAUGCAUGUGAUAACUUCUUGGGAUUUGCUGUAUGUUACUCUGGCUGCUUAAUAGACACCACAGCUCAAUUGUUAUGUGAUAAAAUGAUGCCGUGUAUCACGCAGUCACUUGCCUUAUCCAAUCAGUCAGAAGGAUUUCCAGAAUCUGCUAUUCAUUUUUUCUUGGUACCUCUUGCUGGAUUGUGGGAUAUAUCUAAGGCAAACGGAAAAACACCAAAUGAUUAUAGGCACAUAAAGUUAUCUUUUUCGGAAGAGUUGAAGGAGUUUGGACUUCGUUUGCUGUAUAAAGAUGAAUCUAAGCUCAAGGCCCUGUGUGAAAUGACGGGAAAUAAUGAUGAACCAACAGAACACUGCAUCGUGAAAAGGAGGGGUCAGUAUGAUGAUGCCAGAUGCUCUUCUUCUAAGAAACAAAGGUCACAGCUCUAG